CACUCCAGUAUUCUUCUAAAGCAAAUGCUUUGUGUGUAAACUUUGCUCUUGAAGCUGACUCUGCAACUGUUAGAAUCUGUUAUUGAAAUUAUUGCCACAGUAACUUUCGCAAUUAAAAGCUACUGUUGGAAAUGGCCAAAGGCCGUCGAAAGGCCGAGGAUCGCCAAAUCAAGAUCGCUCAUCGGAAGCACCGACGAGAGCAAUCUCGGAUGGAUGGUUCACAAACCAAGGGUGAUUUUGUUUCCCUCCGAAAUCAAUUAGAAGUCAUGGGACUCACCUUGCGAGAAGUACCAGGGGACGGGAAUUGUUUGUUUCGAGCUCUGAGUGAUCAACUCCAUGGAACGUCGGAAGAGCAUGCCAAUUAUCGACAGGAUGUGGUUAACUUCAUGCGACAACAUGUAUCAGAUUAUGAACCUUUUUUGGUGGAUGAGCCCUCUUUUGACCGACAUUUGGAAUUGUUGGCGCAAGACGGAACUUUUGGCGGCAACGACUCGAUUGUCGCGUUUUCACGGAUGCUCACCGUCACCGUAGUCAUUCAUCAACUGAACGAACCUUUGUGGCAGGUACACGGCUCUCCUGAUGGCUCCUCGUGCCCCAUGGAACUACACAUCUCAUACCACAACGGUGACCAUUACAACUCUGUACGUCGCAUCGGGGAUCGUCUUGGGAUCGGACCAGCCAACAUCAAAAUUAAUUCUAUGGUCCAAGAUAGCAAGCCCAAUGAAGCUAUGAUCAAUUGCAAUGGGUACGAUGAUAACGAAGGUGCUUUGUCUGACUACGAAAAUGCCACCGCAACGGAACUCGAAAAUAUUCGAGCUGUCAUGAGAUUGAGUGGUAUCGAUGACACAGUGUCUGUGACGAACGCUCUCGCCCAAAAUGCCGACUGCGUUGAAGCUGCAGUGGAUUACUUGUUGCAAAUGCAAAGUGCAACCAAAUCUCAGCACGCAAACUCAAAUGGAAUUUGGUCAGAGAACGGUACUGGUAGCCGAAUCUUAGGGAGCGAUGUGGCCAAUGACGCUCUCAAGGGAUCAAACUCGACCAAUAAUGAUCGACUAGCUAGCGUCAAGAGCAGGUUGAAAAACUCCAAUAGUCACCUGACCAACAAGAAGAAGAAACAACUAAAGAAAAUCGAGAAGAAGCUCACGGCUGACCAACGGAAAGUACGAGAUCUUCAUCAAAACAAGGGUGACAAAACUGAAGCUGACCCUGUGAUUGUGUCUAAUCUUCAGACAUUGUCGAUCUAGAAUCUUGUCUGAUCUAAUCAAUGGUUGUGUUAAUCGUCCCUCCCCCCACCAUAUAAUCUGUAAUGCAAAAGUGAAUAACAAAAUUAAUAAACAACACAAUAUAUAUCACUCGUCGACCAAUAAUUCAAAGCAUACACGAGAAAUUUCCCAGAUAAGGGAAUGGAGUGACGCAAGGGAGAAUGCUCGCUCCCUCUCAGAGGGCCAAUUCCAGGGGAACUGGCAGGGCUAGUUCUUCCUCGCGUUCAACCAACCGAGAUCGUCCCUUUAAAUUUGGUGAAAUGACAGUUGCAGAUCCCCACUCUAAUCAAAUGUCAUAGCUCAGUCGUAACUAAAUUCUCACACCAGACGGAUGUGAGAUUUUGGAUCGCCGUUGUUUAUUGUUCGUGGACCAUGGCAGAAACAUCAUAUACAAAGUUUUUGGCCUCUCUUGAGCUUCAAAGCCAUGACCUUAACGGUGAUCAGCAAAGUGGGAAACACAUUUGGGAUUACUACCUCCAUGGGAACCGAGAGGGCUUCCAUCGAAUGUUCUUGGAAGAGGGCUUCCUCGAGUUUGUGGUCCACCAAUUCGACGAAGACGUGUCUGACGCAGCAUCCUCCGACGAGGACGUUGUGGGUGAGGUUCAGCGAGAGGUCAUUCGAAAGAUGCGCAAACGAGUACGCACCAAGAGCGCCCAUCCUAAUUGCCGACAACAUCAUGGAAAGCAAGAGUUCAGUCUCGAAGGCCCAAACCAAGACGCCCAAUCAGAGGACUCGCCCCAUCAGGAUCGUUCUGAAGGGGCUUCAAAGAAGAGGAUAAAUCCAAGCCAAAGUGAUGUGGACCUUGACUCAAUAGAAGUAGCGGAUCAUCAAAACGGCCAAGAUGGGUCUCUCCUUCAGACUUGUGAAAGGCCAAUCAUUCUGAUGACGCCCUACGAGAAGUAUUGCAACAGAAUUCGGGGAGAAAAGGAUCGUCUCUACCGUAUCAAGGAGGAAUCGUUGAGUAAAUACGAAGAACUCAAAGCCCAAUAUAAAGACUUCCAUACCCCCUCCAACAUCUUUGACGGUUGCGGUUACCUGCCAAGGCCGGAUCGCCAAAUGAAACAAGAGUACUUCUUCCAUUGGGGGACCACGUGCCACGAGGCUAAGGAGUUCCUCGCUUUCGCAAAACGUUCCAGAAAUACCCGGCUGUGGCUGGAACAACCCAAUUACCAUCAAUUGGAUCGACUCGGCAGUGACCUGAUGUACCUGGUGCUCAUGCCAUUCUACAUUCAUCGCCGUGUACGCUUCAUGAUCGAAACAUGGUCAUCCCUAAACCUUGGGCCAAUCCCGGACGGCGUCCGUGCAAGUCUAGCCCAUAUGUCUUACUUCAGACCAGAGCUUGUGUUCUAUAAGGAGAGGCGGGAGAUUUGGUUGUGGUAUCUCCGGGUGGCGGAUUAUGUGAACCAGACCUACCAAUGGCCUUUUGAGCCCCAGAUCAAACAGCUCCUGGAUAAUGCCGACUCUGAGCUGAACGAACACCAUUUGGUCAGUUGUAAGAAUCUUUCCUGUCGCUUGGCCAGCCGCAACAAUUUGGGGAGGCAGACUUGGCAGACGGCGGGAAGGGAGUUUGUGGUCGAUUACACCAACGGGGCUCCAUUCGAACUCCUUGGGGACCUCAUCAGAUUCGCUCUACUUGCAUCGUGCGGGUAUGUCUAUAGCUUCGUAGCUGAACGGACUUUUGGAUUUGGAUUUUGGCAAAAUUGAUGUUCUUGAACGUAAAUAACCGACACGAAUCAAUCCGCUUAGGCUCAUCACAAAUUUGCUACUGAGCCGUGGUUUUCACGUUGCGUUGUUCGCGUCACAUUUUGAUGUAAAUAAAUACAUAUCUCGCACUUA